AUGGCGGCCACAUCACUCUCCCCGGCACAGCCAGGCUAUGAAGAGCCUGGUCCCCGCCAUGCCCUGACCCCUGUCAGCCUUACACCCCCUGGGACAGGAACGCCACUCCCAGCUACCUGUAAUUCUAGAGAGGCACAACCGUCUGCUGGACAGGAAGGUGUGGAGACACAUAGGAAUAAAAGAAGUGGGACCGGAGCUGAAAUCCGAUGUAGAGAAUAUGAAGACUAUGAGAAAGGGCACAUGAAAAUGGAACCAGUAUACGUAGUGGAUGUUGGAGAUAAAAUGAAGUACGGGAAAUCUGGGGACAGAAUGAAAGCAAAUACUUUGUUUAAUAUUUGGAUCAAAUAUAAGCCUCGACUGCCAGAGUGGUAUUACAAUGAAAAACUUCUGAAAGUUGGUGAUUCCCUCGCUCAGAUCAAAAUAUUUGCUCGCCGUGGUCUGAUUAAAAUCGAUGAACUGAAGCAAUUAGAAAAUAUCAGUUCUUCGCUGGAAAAUUCAGAGACAAAAAAGAUUUUGAGAGAGGCCACUCUAAAGAUGUCAGUAAUGAUUUUCAAGAGAGCAGUAUAUGAAUCCAGAAGAAAGCCGAAAAGCUGCUUUCGACCUAAGUUAAGAGUUAGCCUGAAAGAAGCACAAAAUUUGCCAUGGCCUCGCACUACUACCGAACGGCUGCUGACAGAAAUGUUUGAUGGUGCCGCAGCUCAGUUCCUUGCCAUCCUGGAAGCUCUGUCUGAUAGUAGCAGGCAUGUGUUGUGCCCUGCUCUACCUGUUCCUGAUGAAAUUGAAAUUCGUGAUGUCAUUUCAGAGCUCUUUUUUGCAGGCCUGGAAAUCCUCUCAGGAGAAAAGGGAGUGUCUGGAGAUGCUGCUGUGAAAUUUAUAAAAUUAGCUUUCAGCUAUGAAGAGUGGGACGUGUUUGAUUCUGCUAUUGAAUUUGUUAUUAAUUUUCUUCAGGCUCAAGAUGACCCAACAUGGAAGAAAGCUGAAAUGGAACUCAAACUUGUUACACUGAUGCAACCUUUACUAUUUCCAAGAAAAUUUAAACACGGUUUUUCUGUUAGUGAAAAUAAUACCAAAGAAGCUAGGAUGCCUCAUGGUUCUGAAAAGAAGCAAACAUUCAGAAAGUAUAUUAUCUACUGGCAUAAAUUGAAUAUCCAACCUGACAUAGAAAUACUUGUUGAUGUAAUAAUGUUUUUGUGGCAGAAGUGUAAAACAGGACUUCAGCAAAUCCAAAUGAGUGGAAGUGACUACUUAAAAUAUAUCCACAAAUACAAAGCUUACCAAUGGGUUCAUGUACUUUGGAUAAUAAAUGAAGUAAUUCAGAAGAGCAGCGUAGCAGACGCUAAUGUUGUAAUGGUUGCAGAGAUAACCUUACGUCUAACUGCAAUAUUGGAAAAUGUAGCUGAUUCUACAAGUAAAUCUAAGAAAAAAGCAGGAAAAAGAAGUGCCUCUCUCUCGCUGGAUGAAAGCUAUGAUAUUCCUGAAAUACUGAUGAAAAGCCCUACAGAACAAUUACAAGUUGCUUAUGAAAGUCUUGAAAAAGCAAUUAAUGGAAUGAACACAUCUCGCUUAAUGACACUUCUACCAGAUGGAAAGUCGAUAUUUGACAACUGCUGUACAAAGGUGGACUCAAAUGAUCAGAAUUUGAAUUCUGUUUUGGGAUGUGGCAAUGAUAAGACAGGAACAGGUAAUGCUUUUAUAAUGGAUUUACACUUGGAGCUCGUUCAGGCCCAACAUCGAGUAGCUGUGAAACUUCUUAAAAUAGCACAAGGUUCUCAGAAGGAUGACAGUCUUAAGUCUAGCAAGUCUCAUGUGAAGAAUAUUAAAGAUUUCCAUUAUUUAACAGUUGAUCUUUCAGACUCAGUUCAGCCUAAAUCCUUGGUCCAGUAUAUGGAAGCACUAACAUUAAUUGAGCAAGUUGAAGCUGAACAAAAUGCUUUGUAUCACAGUCUCAAAGAAGCUAUGAGCAGCAAGAAAAAAAGCAGGACUCCUCCUCCUCCUCUGUUACUUUCUAGAUCACAUUGCUCCAUGACAUUUAAACCAGCCCCGUUCUCUUCAGAUGUUCAGGUUUCAUGGUACAGUAUUUUGGGCUGUGUAGCAGGAGGAAGUAAUAUGAAAGUAAGGUUAAAUAACAAUAAACUUCCAAAUGCAGGAGAAGAGAUACCAGCUGAUGGGAAAAGCCUCUUGGAAAUAAAAGGCUUAGAUCCCAAUGAGAAAUACAUAUUUGCAGUCGCAGCAUAUUCUUCUGAUGGAAAACUUAUUGGUGAUGCCAUUGGAGAAACGACUAAACCAAUCCUUGCUUAUCCACCUAUUUCUGCUACUACUGUUCGAGCCUAUCUAACUCAGGUAGCCUAUCAGACUGGCAACUAUACAUUAGCCAGAGAAGCAUUUUCACCAGUGUGGGAUUAUUUUGUUUCAAAUUCUUCUCCACUGCCUGCCAAUGCAGCUGUUAUUUCUGCAAGUAGUAAUUUGACUAUAUCUGAAAACAGGUUACGUUUUGAAGCUGUAUCUCAGACUUCUUCUAUUACCUUGCACCUCUUUCUGAGGAAUAUAUUUGCUGUCUGUGACAUUAAUGUCAUGGAAGGAGCACUCUUCUGUGAUUCCAUCUGUUCCAAUGAGAUACUUUAUAAGGAACAAGUUGCUAGAUUAGCAGAAUGUAAAAGAAUGACUGUGGCAAUUGAACUUAGCAAUUGGUUGAAUGAUGCAAAUUACACCCUGCAGUCUGUUGUACAAUGUUAUGGUCUCCUUGCUCCAAUUAUUUAUCACAAGAUUUCUUCAGUGCCAGUAGUUCAGAUCCUCAUUAAGUGCUUGGCUGUCCUUCAAGAAAUUCCAAGUGCUACUUUGCAGAGGAGGCAGGCAGGAUGUUAUGAGAGUAUUCAGCAUAUGAUAGCUUGUACUUCAUUUUAUACAGCAAAGGUAGAGUUUCUAUUGUACACUAUCACUGCUUGUCAUAAUGGAUUUGAUUUGGUUAUCAAUGUAGCUCGUGGAUCAGAGCUUACAGGACAGGAAGAUCCUUUGUUCCUCUACCCUGUAAUUUCAUGUUGGACAUCAAACAGUGCUUAUCGAGAAGUGAUGAAAUUCAGAAAGAAAUCACGUUUUCUUGAGUUCUUUGUUCAAGUUUUGCACAAAAUCCUGAAUGAAGAGAAGUUUCAAUGCGUUCUGGAAUGGGCAGGCAAUGUGCAAGUUUACUUGAAAAGGAGGAACGACCAACUUCUCUGUAUCAACAGAAUUUCAACAAAAGAAACAAGUUCUCCCACUCUGCCAGAAGGCAUGGAUAGAUAUACUACAAGAGUUGUGGAGUUUCAGAAAAGUAUGGAGACCUCACCUUUAAAGAAACCAGAGGCAUCAACUUUAAAGAAACCAAGAACAGAAGCCUUGAGUCCUAUUUGGAAAAGACAGACUCUUCGACAGUAUUUUGUGAAACAUCCAAAUAUAAUGAAAUCUCCAGAAGCACAAAGGAAAUGCAAGGAAGAGUUGCAAAAAGUAGCUCGUCACACCUUAGUGGUACUGCUGAAACCAGUUGUGAGUAAUUACUUAAACCGAAAGAAGUUUCAUCAAAUGUGUCUUGAAGAGAUGCCCUGGAGGUCUCAGAUGAAUAUCUAUCUGGCAGUUGCACACUACAACUUAUUUAAAAAGAAACUGGAAGAGCAAUAUAACAUUGGAAUUUGUGGUUCACAGCAUCUGGACAGUUACAAUAUUUUGGAUCCUGAAAUAUUCUCAUUAAAUAAUUCUGGCACUGUAGUGGUGAGAGAAGCUGUAGAGAAUAACAUGAGAACACCAACUCCUCCUCUCCUUAAAAAGUCAGGAAUGACCGAAAACCAAACUUGUACAGAUAAAUCUUCUGAGCACAGCAUUAAACUGAGUAGAACUGAUGAUACUCCUCGAACUCAAACGACAAACGAUACAGAAAUAUCCAUCUCGCAUUCCCCCAAAGAAUACAACCAGUUUCUGUCAAAUACCAUUUUACUGGAGCAUUUUACAAAAAUCUUUUUGCAUUUAAGGAGAGCAGUGGUUCUUGCUCACCAUGGUGGCCACUGGACGCUGCUUCAAAAUGCUUGUCGAGAGCUUUGGAACUAUACUCAAGAAUUACAGUUGAUUGCUAACCAUUCACAUUCCCAUACGGAUGCAUUUCCCAUUACCAGGGGUUUUCUUAGGAACACCAUCUGGUUGCCAUUUUAUUUGGCAUCAGACAUGAUCAUUGAUAUGAUAACUGAACUACAAGCAAGCAGGUCUCUUAAGAUUGUGGAUUCUGAAGGAGACUUCUGCAUUCCCAGUUGUUUAGGAGGUAUUAUGGAUGAGAAUGGUGGUUCUAAUCUCCAUCCACAGUCUCCCCUGGAUGAUGUGAAUGUGGUUGACUUGAAAUGGAUAUGUAAUCUGAUUCUUAAAACAAUAGAAUUGUUAUAUCAAAUGAAGAAGUGGGAAGCACUGGUACACAUAGCUGUACAAUUUAACAUAUUUACACAUGAGAGAUACACAGAACAAGUGAGUCCGCUGCUGGUGUAUGCUCAGAGGCAGCUACUGGAAAGGAUACAGCAAUUCAGUGGCCCGGACAGCCAUGAAUCGCAUUUCAUAAAAUGUCUGUCUGAUAAUGCACAUAAGGCCUUACAGAAAUUUGACUCCUCAGAAUCUCUCCUGACUGUUACAAAUUUACAGGUACUGGAAGACAUAUUUAAUUGGAGUCUGUCUUUAACAAUGGUGCCACUGUGCAACCAACAAAUUAUGAAUAAAUUAACCUUAGCCAAAAUGCAUCUCAUCAUUUGCCUUUCUGCCACAAUAAAUAAUAUACCUGAAAAAGUGGAAAAACAUGUCUAUUCUGUUGAUAACAACAACUUGAAGGAGCCAAGCAGAAUUACAGCGUCAAAUGUAAAAGUUGAUGCUGAUAAGAAUUCAAGACAACAGGAACAAAGAGACACAAUGGUGCAGCUCGUUGACUGUAAAGAUGAAUUAAAUAUGGCCAUGCUGAAGGGGAUUUUACUGACAGAAGCUGAAGAAAGUCUUAGCCAUCUUGUGCAGAACAUACAGGACAAAUAUGAUGGGGAGAUAUCUUGGUGUUCUGCUGAAGAUUUAGAGGCUCUCAUUGAGGCCAAACUUCAGCUUGCUGCUAUUUCUCAGCAAAGGCAUCAAGCAGCUUUCAGUGUUGCUUUGGCUUUCUCUGCAAUUCGACUUCUCCAAGAUGCAAAAAUUUUUAGGAUGCAAGUGACACAUUUUCCAGAAGAAAAGGAUGAAAGGGAGUGUUCGGACUCUUGUGUUGAAGAUGUUCGAAUGCCUCACAGUAUAACAGCACAAGAUCAUAUGAGUGUACAUCUGUGGCUAAGGUGUCGUACAAUGUUAGUGACUGCACUAGUAAGACAGAUACAUGGCGUUGGUGAUAUGGAAGAAAAUGAUGUGGCUGAACGCAGAACUGUGAUAAAAGAAGUAAUACUAGAGGCAGAAGCCUUUGGUGAUAUUGAAACUCAGGCUGAAAUGAUGGUGCAAGCUGCUAUUCUUGACCUGCAAGAAAAACGUCCCGUGGCAGGCAUUAAACUUCUUUUGCAGAAUAUCAUCAGUUUACUCCAAGAGGAUACAUUUAUUUCCCCUCCAGCUUCUUUGACUCUUGUGAAAAGUAUGCUUCUGCUGGCAGACAUACUAACGCUGCAAACAGUAGAGGAUACAGAACAUUGCUGUUCUACAGUGGAACCAUUAAACUUACUAAUUUUGGCACAUGAGCUUACCAUUAAAGCAAUUUUUGUUUGUGGAGAACCCAUUGAACGCCAAAUAGAAGACAGUACAUUGACUUGCCUGGUCCUACCUACAAAAAAUAUCUACUUGCCACAUAUCAACUUGCUAGCCCAAGUCAAAAUGAGAAUCGGACACACAUUAGCUGAAAAAGUAGCUUGUACACCUGCAAGAGGAGAUCCACUGCAAUGGCUACAUGCUCUCAAACAUUUAGAAUCAGCAUUGAAGCUUUGCAGAGCAUCUGCAACAAAAAAAUCAGAUAUGGAAGCUGAACUUCUUUUUCAGAUAGGUAAGGUAGAACGCCAGAUAACUGAAGCAGGCAACAAGUCAUCUCGAGCUGUUGAAGCCCUGUUGGAAGCUAUAAAACUCAGCCAGCAACAUGACCAAAAAUUUGAGUUAGUAAGAAGAUCAUACCUUGAAAUAGCACUAUUAUAUUUGCAUUUUGCUACAAAUAAUGAGGAUAUGCCACAGACAGAUAGGAUGGUGCCUUCCAAAUCAAACAUCACUUCUGGAGAACUCUCUUCUCCUGAGGAGGCUCUGAAAUCAGAAGGCUACAAAGUACAAGCCUGGAUUGCAGUAAGAGCAGCUACACAGAUGUCUCUUGAAAUUACUGGAAUUACAUCAAAGAUGUCACAUAUGAGAACAGCUUCUCCAGUUUCUGUCAUCGCAGAAGCAGACAGUCAGGCGGAGAGUAGGGCAGCAAAUGCUUCAAAUAAGGAAAUUAACAUUCAGUGGUAUAUUCCUCCUCUGGCAAAGCCAUCAAUCUAUACAGAGACUAAGGUUUUGCUGCUUUAUGCUUAUAAUACAAAGCCUGUCAAGAUUAGCAACAUCAAGACUUUCAGUUCAAUGUCUAUAUUUUCAGGCCACUUGUGGAUUCCGUUGGCUAGAAUUAUUUCUUUACGGGAGAAAUUAUCUAAUCUGAAGCAGCAAGUUGAAAUGUUGAUGCAAAGUUCUAAAAGCUUGUCUUCAGCUUCAGAAUCUAUAAGUUUUCUGGAACAAAGUGAAACUUUGAAAAUAAUUUCUUCAAAAAAAACCCAAAUGAAUGUUGCAAAAGUGCAUCUUGAUGAAAAAACAGAAAUCCCAUUUGAUGUUACUUUGCAAUCAAUAGCGAGUUUGGAAGAGAUGUUUGAUCCUGCCAAUGGAUGUACAAUAACUGAAGAAAGUCUUUUCAAUUGGAUCAUUUCUCUCUUUCACUAA